AUGCUAGGGUUCGAGCUUGGCAGCAAUGGGUGGACAUGGAACCCCCAAUAUCUCAUGGGGAGCACUGCGUUUGCCUUUGCUCUUUGCUUCGGUUGCAUUUACCUCAUCCUGCGCUCCUGUCCAUCUGGCUCCCAGACAAUGCUCUCCCCAAGGAGCGCGGUGAAGCAGAGUGAGUACGAAGACAUGGUCAACGGCUUCCUGGGGGACAUAUCAUUCCGCCCCCCCGACCUCAGCUGCGAUCCGGAGCUGGAAAGGCGUGUCAAGCAACGGCUGCGGGUGCACGGCGUCCCUCCUGCGCUCAUCGAACGAAUCCAAGGGUGCAUCGACGCAGCCGUCAGCGUGACGACGUUCACCUACCCUUUUACGUCACCAAGCUGUCAGGAGGCCAUCGCUCUCUACAGCGCAUACACCAUUGGCAUCGACGACCUUGCGCCGGAAAUGCUGAAAGAGGUGGGGGGAUACACGAUGCAGCUGACGCUCGGCCAGCCGCACCAGCACCCCCUGCUGCGCGGCCUCACGAGCUUUCUGGGCGAGCAGUCGGCCAUAUUCGGGCCAUUCGGCGGUGACAUGAUUGUCAAGGGGACCCUCGAGUCCGUCUCCUCCGUCAAGCUCGAGACAACCUCGGACCAAACCAUGGACCUACCCCGGGCGGCGUCUACCUUUCUCCACUACUUUCGAAUGAAGACUGGUUUCGCGGAAGCGUACGCGCUCUUCUGCUUCCCCGAGGAUGCUCAUCCGGAAGAAACUGAACUCGUCCGUUACAUUUCUUCGGUCCCCAACAUCAUGACCUUUUUGUGCUCUGCCAACGACCUCCUUUCCUUCUACAAGGAGGAGACGAACGCCAAGGAGGCAGAUGGCUACGUAAAACAUCACGCCAAGCUUCAUCGGCAGAGCACGAUUCGGUCGCUACGCCAAGUUACGAAGGAUACCGUGCAGGUGGUACAGAACCUGCGGGCAUCGUUUGCGCCGGAUGAACCUCUCGGCAGGCACAUGGAGCAGCUCAUCCAAGGAUACAUCAUGUACCACUUGUCGAGUCCACGUUACAAGUUGGCGUCCCUGCGCAUCCCUGCAGCCAUGGAAGUUGCCGCCCGCGAGCAAAGGGUCCGGUGA